UCUUCAAGUCACUGUGUUCACUGAUAUCUUAUUCAAAAAUGUACCAACUGAGAGGAGUACUUCAGGGGCUGCAGUAUCGUUGCAGAGGUACUGCAGAAGUAGCCGGUGAAAAUCUGUUCCAUUGGUGUCCGUUUACACCAGAUAAACUGGGAGAUCUGUGUUUGUUAACUGCUGGCAAAGUUAAUUUGGACGUUCCCACAGGAUGUUGAGAAACACUUAAUCCACUGACUCAUGUUUUCAGCCCAGAUGUUUCCUAAUCUUCCGAACAAAAGAGAGUGAGAAAAGAAUGAGCAUAUUUUAGUGGAAUUCCCCCACUAGAGAUAGCGGCAGAACAGGGCGAUGAUCACAGCAGCAGAGUAUGGAGAUACAUCUUGGGAGCUGUCGGUGCAGGUGGAUCAAAAAGAAGGAGAUGAGUCCAUGAAAUUUAAGAUGAGGGUGAAGGGAGACUUGCACAUUGGAGGCCUCAUGCUUAAGUUGGUGGAGAAGAUCAAGGCUCCUCAGGACUGGUCAGACCAUGCCUUGUGGUGGGAACAGAGGAAAUGCUGGCUGCUGAAGACUCACUGGACAUUGGACAAGUAUGGAGUUCAGGCCGAUGCUUUCCUGCGCUACACACCCCAGCACAAAUCCCUGUUGCUGCAGCUUCCGAAUAUGAAAACCAUCAAAAUGACUGUCAGCUUCUCCAGCAUGGUCUUCAAGGCAGUGGCAGAGAUCUGUCGAAUACUCAACAUCAGGAGAUCAGAGGAACUGUCCCUGCUGAAGCCUCCAGAUGAUCCAUCCAAGAAGAAGAAGAAGAAAGACAAGAACGCGCCACAAGAUGACUUGUGGGACGUCGAUUUAGUUGGUGGGGGACCAGGAGGCACAGGCGGCAUGUACAGUAAGACCAUGACAGCAACCUAUGACCCAGAGAACGGGAUGCCAGUGUCUGCUACCAGCCUUUGGUUUGGAGAAAACCCUCUUGCUGACUCUCAGCCAAACCUGCCUGCGGCUGAGCUGGCCAAGAUGUACCAGCCGCUCUCACUAGUGGACAAAGCGACCAACAAUGCAGGGUGGCUGGACUCGUCUCGUUCCCUGAUGGAGCAAGAUAUUCAAGAAGAAGACAAGCUGUUGCUUCGCUUUAAGUACAACGUCUUCUUUGACCUCAAUCCCAAAUAUGAUGCUGUCAGGAUAACCCAGCUGUAUGAACAGGCUCGCUGGUCCAUCCUGCUGGAGGAGAUAGACUGCACUGAGGAGGAAAUGCUGAUGUUCGCUUCACUACAGUAUCACAUUUGUAAACUGACCAUGUCAAGUGAACCGCUGGACCACUCCAAUGAGCCAGAAAUAGAUGAAGUCGAGGCCGCCCUGUCCAACCUGGAGGUGACACUUGAAGGCGGACACACAGACAGAAUUCUGGAAGACAUUACAGACAUUCCAGAGCUGGCAGAGCCCCUCCGGCUUUUUAGGCCCAAAAGGCUGACGCUGCGGCCAUACAAAGAGUACUUUUUUGUAUUCAAGGACACCACCAUUUCCUACUACAAGAACAAGGAGGCUGCCAGUGGAGAACCCAUAGAGCAGUUUCACCUCCGAGGCUGUGAGGUAGUUCCUGACGUCAAUGUCACAGACAAGAAGUUUGGCAUCAAGCUCCUGCUCCCAGUCGCUGAUGGGAUGAACGAGGUGUACAUCCGAUGUGACAGUGAAUCGCAGUACGCCAAGUGGAAAGCUGCAUGCAUCCUCGCCUCAAAGGGCAAGACAAUGGCCUACAGCUCCUACAAGUCAGAAGUGAAGAAGAUCCAGUCCUUUUUGCAAAUGAAGAGCCUGGCGCCCCCUCCUGGUCAGGCAGCUCCCGACCUUGACACCAUGGAGAUGAAUGCUGAAUGUUUUGUUUCCCCACGCUACGCCAAGAAACACAAGACCAAACAGCUGACAGCACGUAUCCUGGAGGCCCAUCAGAACAUAGCACGGCUGUCCCUUAUGGAGGCCAAGAUGCGCUUUAUCCAGGCCUGGCAGUCACUUCCAGAGUUUGGUAUCAACUACUACAUUGUCAGAUUCAAAGGUGGUAAGAAGGAUGAGAUCCUGGGGAUCUCGUACAAUCGUCUGAUUCGUAUUGACAUGUCCUCUGGCCUUCCCGUCACCACAUGGAGGUUUGCCAACAUGAAGCAGUGGAAUGUCAACUGGGAGAUAAGACAGGUAACCAUAGAGUUUGACCAGAACGUGAUAAUAGCCUUCUGCUGUUUGAGCUGUGACUGCAAGGUGGUCCAUGAGUUCAUUGGCGGUUACAUCUUCCUGUCCACACGAGCUAAAGACCAGAAUGAGACGCUGGAUGAAGAACUAUUCCAUAAACUUACUGGAGGCCAGGAAUGAGAUAAGAUACAGGACUGAGCUUCUUCAAGUGCAUCUUUUGUUUAUUUACAUACAUGUUACAAUGUGAAAGUUCAAUGUUGCAGUGGAAACCCCAACCACUGAGCAAAUCACUGCCAGAGGAAAUCUAAUACUGUAUCACAGUAAGAGAAAUGAUAGAUUUUCACUCACAGAACCUCAUUUUUUGUCAUGAUAUAUCCUUCUGUAAACAGUUAUAACAAUGUACCCUGCACUAGAAAAAUAAUGGUGUUGAUGUAAAUAUGUAGUGAAGAUUUGUCUUUCUCUCACCGUUUGGAUGAACUUCUUUUUUUAAGAAUUAAGCUUUUUUUUAAGGUGAAGAGACGUCCUCAUUUCAAACAGAUACAAUGUUUGUAUAAAAUUAUUAAAGGGUGUUUUUAUAUGUCA